AUGUCAAACCCUUGGUUGACGCCCCGCCGUGCUUCCGCCCUAUCCCCUCCGUCUCUCGCCGCUGGUGAUGACCGGAACCCCAUCCCUCCUCUUCCCCCCGACCCUCCUGACCUUGGCCAAUACCCUCCACUUUCUCCCUCUUCCACCAAAACCAUCCUUGCCCCUAAGUCAACUCUUAAGCCUAAGAUUAUUGGAUCUGAAGGCAAAACUGGUUCAGUUGCUUCUGGAUUUGAGAAAACUUCUCCCCAACAAUUCACAAUUCUAAAACCUAAAAAAUCUUCCCCCCUCCAAACCAACCGAGCCGCAUCCCCUCCGAGUCAAAUCUCCACCCACUCUCCUCCUUCUGAAGAAACCUCCACCCGUACUACUCAACCUGAACAAACUGAAACCUCAGAUAUUUUGAUGGCAGAAGCUCCUCUUCCAGCUUCUGUUACUCCUCCUCCUACUGUUAAUGUGUCUCCUGCAGCUCAGCAAGAGCCACAAAAAUCUUUUGUUCAGCAAAUGCCACAAAAUUCCUCUACUCAGCAGACUCCUUCCCUAGUUGAAAAAUCAGAAGAUUAA